CCGGGAAAACGGACCCGGAAACCGGGAAACGGGUCCGGGUCCCGAUCCCGUUCCUAGCUCUACUCAUUAUACUCUCCAUUCUUUUCUUAUUCGUCAGCACUCUCAGUAAUAAAACACUCUUUUGCACUUCGCACUUGCACUUUAUCUUGAAUAAACAAAGAGGUGGAAGAUGAAGCGAGCUAGCGCGACAGUCAGCAAAAACUUACCAUAUCAAUCGAUUUUCAGGUUAGACACACAUAUCAAACCAACUAGCUGGUUGUAUAUUCGUCUAGCUACUUCGAUUUAUUUACACUAUCUCGCUUGUAAUUUCUAUGCUCUAAUCGUAUUUACUAUACCCUACAUUUCACGUAGAGUAGUUCACGAUGGCGGCCAAUACGUUCAUACCUUUUUGCUUAAUACGAGCCGUUGUUGUCGGACGUCGUCGGACUAUGGACGUUGGGUCAGCCGCUUCACAAAAGCGCGUUACCGCGUAUUACCCAAAAUCUCGGCACUAUGCAAAUUUUUAUUCACAAACUUUCACUCUAGAUGAUCGCU